AUGUCAACGAAAGCUGUUCAUCUGGAGGUGGUGUCGCCAUUGGAAGCUGGUGCACUUCUAGCAGCUCUCGACCGUUUUAUCACACGAAGAGGAAAGCCAGUGUACCUAUACUCCGACUGUGUUAUAAACUCUGUAGGAGCCUCGAGAAAAUUAAAGGAGAUAAUGAUUGUAAGGACUUUACUGAUAGCCUACCUAAUUGGUUUAGUCAGAUCAGAUGAACUUGAUAAUCUUGUAGAGGAUGUACUCGGGAAGCCAAAAGACGAAUCUUGUACUUGUGUAGCACUAUUGAGCCCAAUUCUUCAAGAUGAUGACCAAGAGCAAUUGAAAUACAUUUGUGGAGGAGCACUUAUCCAUAAAAAAGUAGUUUUAACCACAGCUCAUUGCACCACGAAGAAAAAUAAUGAUUCUUACAUGAUAGCUAGAGCAGGUGAAUGGGACACUCAAAGAAUAAAUGAAAUUUUUUCUUAUCAGGACAGGAUGGUUGAUCAAAUCAUAAUUCAUCCAGAAUUUAAUGGUGGAAAUUUAUGGAACGACUUUGCUUUGUUAGUGGUUGAUAAACCAUAUGAAUUUGCACCAAAUGUAGACAUACUCUGCUUACCUCCUCCAAGAUUUAGUAGUAUAGAUGUAACCACGCUUGAUACCAGUGACCUGCGGCUGCGCCUGGGUCCUUCAACAUUUGGUAUUAGUCGGGACAGAGCUCAGGUCACUCCAGACGCCUUUUCAAUCACUCGCUGGAUAUACACCUUGAACCUGAGCCUUUCAUCAAUUCUUACCCCGAGGUAUCUCAAGAAUGGCUUAGACCUUAUCUCUUGUCAAAAAGAUGAAUAUCAAGUAAUUCUCAAGAAAAUUGAUCUGCCAAUGGUACCUAAUGAUCAAUGUGUCACUCUCCUCCGCCAAACAAGGCUAGGUCAACACUUUGGAUUGCAUGAAAGCUUCGUUUGUGCUGGAGGAAUAGUUGGAAAAGAUACUUGUACGGGAGAUGGAGGAAGUCCUCUAGUUUGCCCAGUUGAAGGCAAUCCAGGAACAUAUCAAGCAAUUGGUUUAGUUGCUUGGGGAAUCGGUUGCGGAGGUGUAACUCCAGGAGUAUAUGCUGGUGUAGCAUAUGCUCGCCCUUGGAUUGAUAUGAACAUGAGAGAACUUGGUCUCUCUAUAUAAAAAAAAUGAUAAAAGUUUAAUGACAUGAUAAGGAAAUGAUGAUAAAAAAAAUGAGAAGUGAUCAAAGGUUGGCCUGAUCAAGGGAGAUUCUCCUUAGAUUUUUUUUUUUAUAAUAAUGUUUAAGGAAUCAGGAGCUAGCUGAAGAUGUAGCUAACUACACAGCUUUCAGUUUAUAUGAACAGCAUAAAUUUAAAUUAUAUCACUUUUCAUCAAAAAUAUUUUAUAAUUUGUUUUGAAAUAUAGUUUAAAAUAAUUACAUCUAAAAAUAUAAGAAAUAUAUAAACAUAAUUGUUGCAUUAUUUUUAAAUAUUUUGUUUAAAAAAAUUAAUUAGGAUAUAUUUAAUUAACAUGCAUUUAUUUUUAAGAAGCCAUUAAAAAUGCAACAUCUCAGUAUUCAGAUUUUUUUUUUUAACUUUUUGGAUUGUAAAUUUAACAGGAUUGUACUGCAGAGAGACCAUAUUAUCUAGAAAAUUAUAAAAUACCCAAAUAUGAAAAAUAGUUAUAUUACAAAAUUGUAAAUUUCUUCUUCUUCUUCUUAAUCAAUUCCUCUUCUACCGCUAGAUCAGUGUAGAGGAUCCUGUUUAUAGAGCUUGAUCCAUUUAUCUCAUUCCCACACCAGCUGACUGCGUCUAUUCCAAUUCAUUCCUCUCCUAUCGAAAUCCUCCCUGACUGAACCUUCCCAGGUCUUUCUGGGCCUUCCUCUCGGCAUUCUUCCUUCCACUUCUAUUUCAUAUAUAGUUUUGGCCAUUCUUCCCUCCUGCAUUCUUUUGACAUGGCCAAACCAGCAUAGCCUGUUUUCCUCAAUAGUGUUUUCUGCUGGUUUUAUUCCCAAAUUGCUUCUUAUUGUUGUAUUCCUAAUUUUGUCCCUCCUAGUUUUCCCCUCUAUUCUCCUCAGAAAUCGCUUUUCCAAUGCUUGGAUAUUGUUUUUAUGUUUUGAGGUUAUAGUCCAGUAUUCACUGCCGUAAGUCAGUGUGGGGACAAAUGUAUUUCUAUACACCGUCUUCUUGACAUUUUUUGAGACUUCUCUCUUUGCUAAGAAGCCUGUUUUUAGUAAAUGGAAGCAUUUGCUGGCCAGUUUUAUUCUUUCUCUGAUUUCACCAUCUAUCCAACCGUUCUCAUUUAGGUGGGCUCCCAGAUACUUCAAAUUUUUGAUGUGCUCCAGUUCCUCCCCUUUCAAUCGAAGUAUUCGAUCUCCCCUCUCUUCUCCUCAUCCUAUCCUCAUAAUUUUUGUCUUGUGGUUGUUUAUUUCCAGGUUGAACCAUUCUAACUCUUCCUGUAGGAUUCGGAGGUUGUAUUGGAGGUUUCUUCCAUUGUUCCCGAAUACCACGAUAUCGUCGGCAUAUGCCAGAAGUGUGAGAUGAACUGGUCGUAGCUCUCUGUGGUCCAACCUAAAAGGUCUCAUUCUUUCCUUAGCUCUCUUCAGUGCCAUGUUGAGCACUAUUAUAAACAAUAAAGGGCUUAGACUACAGCCCUGCCUUAUUCCUUGGGUGCUCUGAAACUCUCUAGAGGUAUGGUUAUUGGUUCUGACCAGGCUUAUUCUAUUUUUAUAUAGGCUAAGAAUGGCCCUCGCUAGGCCUGGAUUGACUUCAUGCUCAUUCAGUGCUCUGUCUAUGUCCGUUUUUCUGACCUUAUCGAAUGCUUGGAUUAGGUCCACAAAGCAGGUAUAUACCUCUUUAUUCUUUUCCACGAGCUUUUCCGAGAGCUGCCUCAUUACGAAUAUUAGGUCUUGGGUAAUUCUUUGUGGUCUGAAGCUGUAUUGUUCUUGUAAAAUUGUAAAUUUAUAAAUUAUAAAGUUAUUUUUUAUUAUUAUAUUAUAUCAAGAAAAUGUAUUGAAAUCACUGCUCUUAAUGUAAAUAUAUAUUGUAUAUUUUAACUAACUUUAAAUAUAAUAAAAAAAAAAAAUUACAAUUUCUAAAUGUUUAUAACCAAUAUUGAGUGAAAUGUUUGGAAAAAAUUUGUUCUCAUUUUCGUUGUACUCACUAAUCAAUGUAAAUCAAAUAAAAUUCUUAUCAAUUAAUGAAUAACUUCAA